AUGCCAUCAGCAAAGCGACCGAAUUUCUUCGGCGACGGUCCAUGGUUGGGUCGAAGUGGAAGCAGUGGAAAUAUAAUGAUUGCGAAGCCAAUGAUUAAUUCACUUAGUUACGCCAAAACUGCUCCAAAUUCUCCACUUCAUUCACCAACAUCAAAGUCGCCACCAAGUUUAGCUCCAUCAGCAAUCGCACAUCAUUCACAACUUAAGCGACAUUUUUCGAGCACAUUCAUGCUGAUACCUGAAGAUAGUGAACUACGUGAGAUUAAUGAUGCAAAAUCACGUCGAAUGGCUAACGGCGGAACUCACAUUCAUGCCAAUACACGAAAUGAAAAAUAUCCGGUUUCAAAAUUGCAUAUAAUCUUGCGUUUGAUUUUAUGGUGGCCUCUACUCAUUAUCAGUGUAUGUCAACGAUUUAUCAAUUUCAUGAUGGAAAAAGUUUGGAAUUUCAAAUCGACUCCGACAUUCUGGUUUUCGGCAUUUUUGUGGCUUUUUUGGAAAUUAAUUUCAUAUCCACUUGCGAUUGUUAAGCACAUUUUGAUCAUUUUACAUACACCGGCAUUCGAGAGACGUCGUAAGAAGCGAACAAUUCUGAUUUCGGGUGGAAGUACAUUGCAAGCAUUGCAUUUAGCGAGAAAUUUCCAUUCGGCUGGUGCUCGUGUUGUUGCUUUUGAGUUUGAAGGAUUGUUUGCACUUGCUCGCUUCUCGACAGCUGUCGAUAAAUUCUAUACAAUUCCACGAACGGGUCAAGAGAUUGCAAACGAUUACAUAAACGCACUUAUUGAUAUUGUUGAGAAAGAAAAGCCAUCGUUAUACAUUCCGGUGUCAGCAACAUCGCCAGCAUAUUUCGAUUCACUUGCUAAACCUCAUAUGGAACUUGCCGGAUGUCAAAAAGUUUUCUGUCCUGGCGCACAAGAAGUGUCGAUCCUUGAUGACAUCGGUCAUGUGUUGAGAAAAUGUGAAAGUCGAAAUAUUCCAGUGCCACCUUAUCGUGUCUUAAACAACAAGGAAGACUUGUAUCGACUCUACGAUUCUGGAUUUAUGAACAACUUCCGAAAUGUUCUCGUUGCGACUGGCAUGAAUGGAAUUAUCGAUCGUCAGAAACUUAUUUUACCAGCAAACAAACGCGAUUUGCGUAUGCCUUUUGAGAUCAGUGAAGAGAAGCAAUGGAUUGUACUUCGCGACGUUCCGGGUAAACAUUUCGUCACAUGCACAACUGUUAAAGACUCGAAAGUUAUUGCAAACGUCACAUGUGCAAUUCAAUCAGAGACAAGAAAUCUCAUUCCUGAAGAAAACCCCGAAAUUGAAAAAUGGUUGAAUGAAUUCUUUGAGAAAGUUCGACUUAUGAGAAGCCUUAACGGUCAUAUGAGUUUCCGGUUUGUGAAAGCAGAAUCAAAUGGGAAUUUAUUGACACUUGGGGCACGUGUUGGUGUCACUCUGUCUUAUCUCUGUUAUACUGGCGUUCAACCUAGAGUAGUUGCGAAGCCAUGUCCGCAUUUUGAGAGAAGAAACUCGGGUCCAAUGGUGCAACCGAAGCACUUCCUUCCGGAGACGCUUGCACAAACUAUCAAGAAUCCAACAGUGAAAUCAUUCGAACAACUUGUUGGAACUGUGCUUAACAAACGUGAAGCGCUUUUCGCUUUCAAUGAUCCUUUGCCCUACAUUGCUUUCUACCACUUCCAAUUGCCACUUCAGAAAGUAUCGAACUUCCUGAAACGUUACAGCUCAAAGCACAGACAUGGUGGACUUUAA